AGCGACAUCUCGAACAUUGACUGCACGCCUACGACACGACUUGGUCAAACACUGCAGAUCAAUGAGAGUUUUCACCCCUUUGACAUUCCUUUCCAGGCCUUCAAUGUAAUCUCAUCAGGUAUGAACGCGGUUGAGCCGCUCGUGUAUCAGACCGUGAAUCCGUUUUGGAUCCUAAGAUAAAGAAACUCCUUGAGCCGAGUGAAGUAGGAACAAAUAGGUUCUCUGCAAUCUGUUGGUACUGGUAUGACGCGGGGAUAAGGUCUCUGAGCAAUGGUGCGCCUAGGUCGAUUGUAUUGUCUGCUAAUGGUCCUGGCCCAAGCCAAUGCCAGCAUGUUUGAAACUCACUUCCAGUGCUCGAUGCCACCCUUCGAUUGUUCCGCACUUGCAAUUCGCUCUUCAUGACAAUAGGUUUUUAGUGAAGAUUGUUUCAGACUGCCUCAUAAUUAAAAAAGCACCAUUGCUUUGGCCUUCAAAGAGCCGUGUCUGAAUCUCGUAACUCCUCGUAUAAAACUCCCUAUUACAUCCUCCCCAUUGACCGCUAACAUUUAUUUUGCGUUCUGACGAGUCUCAUUUACCCACCAGGACGACGUAUCUCUGAUCCUACGAUAUUGCUUUUCACACUUCUUUCCCUCAAUGACAUCCGUAUGCCCUUCGCUUCCUCUCGAACUGACCGACACCAUCAUCGACAACCUGGGCGACGACCGCCGUACGUUGAAAGCCUUUGCACUCGCUGGAUCAACGUUAAGCGGCCGUGCCAGACGGAACCUCCAUCGCACCGUGCGCAUCUCCUCCGACAGGCUUUCUGAAAUACAACGACUCGAAGAUGUCUACGAGAGCUUCAAGGACUAUAUAAAGGACCUCACAAUUGCAUAUGGUGCAGAAAACCUCGAAAUGAUCAUGUCCGCGAAGCGUAUUAUCAAUAAUCUCCGCCAUCUCGAAGAAGUCAAAAUAGAAGACACGAUGUAUGAUGCGCAAGCAUUUGAAGACCUUUUCGUCUCUCAAGGCCAAAACAUUCAUACCCUGCGUAUCUCUAAGGUUAGCUUCAAUGGGUUCGACUCCUUUGUCUCCCUCGUUUCUCAGUUUCGCCGCCUACGCUACCUACGCAUGGAUGUUACGGAUGUUUACGAAGACACGGAUGCUCCUGACGACGAUGCGGCAGAUCAACUUCCCGAGACCAUGACCACGAGGACUCUAUCUUUGGCUCCGCCCCCUUCCUUGCGUAGCCUCUAUACAGGCGGUUGCACCUUUAUCCAUGAACUUCUUACAUGGCUAUGUCACUCGCCGGAAGUGAACGUUCAGGACGUGCAAGUGGCCUUUCCUAUGAACACGGAUGGGAUGCCCCUUUUUAACUUUAUGCAACAUAUUUCUCAGUCUCUGACGCAUCUGGACCUUGACCUAUAUGCUAUGGCAGACAACCUUGUCGACGCUGACAAUGAUUGGCGUGAAGCUGACGUCACAUUCGGGAUGCCACUGCUCUCUGACAUGCCCAAUCUCCAGUCUCUUACAUUUGGAAGCCUCCCGCUGGAUCCCACACUCAUAGACGAAUUCGAAUCAUCUUUCACCACCAUCUUUUCGUCCUAUUCCAAAUGUGAUACGACAUGUGACGUCAAUUUCUUAUGGAUCCCUAAAGUCCUGCAAGACAUCGGCGCCCCUCGACUUCGUCAGAUCCAAUUCAACUGCACCAUCUGGCAGCCUGAAUGUGUUGAUCUCUUCCCUUUCCACUCAGUUAACUCAGUACUUACCCGAAUCAUGGAUAACCGACUUUUGCCCUGCCUGAAGACCGUGACUUUCCUGAUAUCCGUACCUACCGCGGCGAGCCUCAGCGUCAUCUUCAACGGUCAGUACCUGUAUGACUUCAUGGUCAUUGCCACUCGUAACAUCUGUGGGAACCUUCCAACGCUUGUCAAUAACGGGCUGUUGCGUAUUGUAGAAUGCGAAGAGAGUACCUUGGGAGAAUGGCGGCAGUAUGGAUCAAGCUGGGACGGGUCGGACCAAAACCUCGAGGAAGCUACACAUGUUGACGUCCAGGCAGCGAAGCCUCUUGAGCUAUCGCUAGACGAUUCAGAAGAUGAAGAGGCCAUGCGAAACUUCAUCCAAGGACUAUUACAGGCGUGAAUUUCGUCGCCUUGCACCAGACGCAGCAGCUAACUCUCCGUUGGAGAAAUCACGCUACGUUCUUUAUAGAUCAUUCAAGGCGUAUAAGUUCAUUGCACAUCUAUGAUUCAUGUGCAUAGUUUUAUCGGGCUUUGAUUUCCCUUGCCGAAGACCUUUCAGGACAUGUGGGAAAUGCCAUUUGUAGCCUGUAUUUAUGACAAUCAUGGUAAAAUUAUCGAUGCGUGUCUCCCUUUC